AGUUUUCAUUGCCGUUGGCACGCUUAGUCAGUUAACAAACAGCAAAGUGGACAGUUGUCGUGCCACGAGGAGCAAAAACAAGUGCAAAGUCUAUAUCAAUUAAUCUAUACAGGAGAUAUAAUACACAGACACACACGCACAUCGAAGUAUUUAAGGCGAUACAUACAAAACACAGUGAAUCAUGGGUGCAGUUCAGCCAGGAGCAGUUGUGAGCAUUGAACACACCUGGGUGCACUCGACUCCAUAUGCCGCACUGCCUCCCUAUGCCGUUGUCGGCGGCCACGACUCCGACGGCACUCCGAUCUAUGUGGGUCGCUCGUUCCACGAGGGCGAGAAUCUGCCCGCUAAGGUGAUACCGAGCAAGGGUUGCGCCUAUGUCGCCUACGGCGGCACCGAGCACCAGAAGACCCACUACGAGGUGCUCGUCGGCCAGGGCUUCGCCUGGGUGGGCAGCGCCAGCGGUGGCGUGCCCCCGAAUGCGGUGCGCAGCGGCAACACACGCACCGGGGAGCCGUUGUAUGUGGGACGCGGUCACUACGCGAACUCGUUGAGCGUGGGCAAAGUGCAUCCAUCGCAUGGUUGUCUCUACAUUCCCUUCGGUGGCCAGGAGGUGCGCAUCAACACCUACGAGGUGCUCAUCCAUCAGCAGCAGGAUGUCUGGGUGCCCGCAUCGCCAGCCUACACUCCACCGGGAGCUGUCAUAGCUGGUCACGAUUCGGACAGGACGCCCAUCUAUGCGGGACGUGCUAUGCAUGAGGGUGAGAUGCUGCCCGCUAAGGUUGUGCCCAGCAAGGGCACAGCCUACGUCUGUUUCGGUGGCUACGAGUUCCAGAAGCCCACCUACGAGGUCUUGACUGGUUACGGAUAUGUCUGGAUCAGACCGGGAUUCCACGGCAUGCCACCGAAUGCGGUGAGCACGGGACGUGCCCGGAAUGGCGAACCCAUCUAUUAUGGACGUGGUCAUCAUCAGGGCAGCUUGACACCCGGUCUCAUCUCUGCCCGCCAACGUUGUUUGUACAUUCCUUACGGUGGUCGCGAGAUUCGCGUCGAUUCCUAUGAAGUCCUCUGCAGACAAUAAGCAGGAACUGCCUUCAUUACUCUUUAAUUUUCACAUACUUUAUAGACUUUAAGCCGUGCCAUUGUUAAAAGCCAUACUGAUCUUAAAAUAAUCCUAAUAAAGGUGC